AAAAUGCAUAAAGAAAUGGUUGGACUUACGAGUACGGAGACUAUAAAUCCAAAGAGUUUUACUGUAUGAUCAAUUCAAUUCAAUCCAACCGAAUCCAAUCCAACCUAUUAUGUCUAAAGCUCAUUUAAAUUUUCUCUUGUUGGGAUUUUUCUUAAUUUUGGGUUUUUCGGAAAUAAGCUGCAUCCCAGAGGACACCCGUAUUGGGAGGAAAAAAAUACCGGUAAGGAACGAUUGUACUCCUGAAAAUGGUUGUGAUCGAACGUGUAGGGAACACAAUCUUCAAGGUCCCUCAGAAUGCAUAGUAACGAUUUCUGGAUUAAGUCAGUAUACGUCUUACGAAUGCGAAUGUUGCAAAUGUGUAGCGACGAAAUUCGUGAAUGUGCAUAUUUGUAAUCCACAGAUUUGUGUCGAAAGGUGUGUCCUAGAAGCCGGUGUUAAUGGUCCCUCAGAGUGCAGAGACGUCUAUGUUGGAUCUCGUACUUAUAUUCACGAGUGCUACUGUUGCGAUGACAAAGCAAAGUUAACCGCCGGCAAUAAUGUCGCCGUCGCCUAGGGUUGGCAUGGCCCGAUCAUGCAUCCUAUUUUCUCCGUUUCUUUAUAAUAAUAACUUCUAUAUAGGGACGCGUUGUUUGCACGGUUUUAUUAUACAUCGUUUGCUGAUGAUAAUUAAUUCUCAAACUUCUCAUGUUUGAUGUAUCGCUGCUGGUCCCUAACCAAGCUUGAUUGAUUACUGGUUGUAUGUGUUUGUCUGAAACUAAUGCAAGAUGUUUAUGUUGUUUGAUAA